AUGCGGGAGACCGGAGAAUCCUUGAAAGAUGCUCUGGACUUGAAGAUUUUCACAAAUAAAAGAAUAUGCAUUGACGAGGUUCUUCCGCAGAAUGUGGAUUUUCUUGUUCUUGAUCUUUCGAGUGCCUUGGGACUUUCUAUAUUUACAUUCCGCGAGACAGCAAGUCACUAUAGGAAAAUUGCAAGUAUGCAAGGCAAGAAAGUUGUCGUGAGGUCAAUCUAUGAUGGAGGAUAUAUUGAGUCUGGAAUUAUAGACGAUGUAUGGAGUGCAACGAAUAUGUGCGAAUGCAGAGUAGAUGGAAUGGUCUGGACAUAUAGAUCUGGAACUUGUAAGAAGUCUAAUUGGUAUGAGUAUGAUAUAAUAAUCAGGGUUUUACCACUAGAUAGCGGAGUAUCUACAGAUGUUGAUGGAACGAUUCUUAUUUUCGAUAGGGAAAGAAAGUAUGCAGAACUUAGAUAUAAGGUUUUGAGGAGCAGGACGGCAUAUUAUACUCAGUAG